AUGGGGCUGCGGGCGGCAGGCAACAACGCGCGUCCGAUCGAGCCGCAUCAGGCUGGGGCCAGCGCUUCCGCGCCGCGACUCUUUGCCGUGACGGAUGCCGACGUGGGCGAAUCGGAUCCUCUGCAGACGCAGGCAGAGAUGGUGCAGGAGAUGGCUUCACUCGCUUGCCUCGCUUUCGCCACGAUGGACUCGGGCGCCUUGCAGAGGCGUCCGCUGCCUCGUCACCUAGGAGCAUCUUCCGACGUCUACCACGCCUAUCGCCGAGUGUUUCCGCUCAUGGAGAAAAAGCUGCAGCUCCCCAAGCUACCGCCGGGCGUCGCAGGGGCGCCCGUGCUCUCCGGGGCGAGCACGGCGCUCGCCAUCGCGGCUGGCAUCGCAGCCGUCGUGGGGGUGUCGGCUCUGCACAAGCGCGCCGCCGCCGGUCGCUCGGACGCGCAGAAGAAGAGCGGCCCCAACGUGCGCGUGGGGCUGCUGCGCAUGCACGUGCCGCAGAACUUCCGGGACCUGGUGAAGAACGACGUGCUGCUGGAAAAGGCGGCGGAGAUGGUGGCGCAGACGCUGCUGAUCUUCGUGUCGGGCAGGGACAAGCACGAGGUGGUCAACUACACCAGCGAGCUCUACGGCAUGGCGUGGGAAGUCGCCUGCGCGCUCGGCAAGCCCUUCCUGGACAUCCGAAUUGUGGGUGGAGGCGUCUCGCCGGACAGCAAGACGUGGGAGGAGCUGGUGCUGCAGCCGGAGCUCAACGCCGUGUUUGGUGAGGACGCGCUGGUGGACGUGCAACGGCUGAACGCGCAGCGCUUCGAGCGGGACGGGUUGUUUGCAGUCACGUACCACCCGCUAGCGAUGCACGUGGAGCGGAGGCUGGCUGCCGAUGUCAACUACUUUGAGAACGAGCACGCAGAUCUGACGCCGCACGACCUGGUUAUCUUGGGAGGCACGUUCGACCACCUGCACAACGGGCACAAGAAGCUGCUGUCUCUGGCGGUGAGUAUCUGCGCGCGCCACAUCUUGAUUGGAGUCACGGCGGACAGCAUGCUCAAGAAGAAGUCGCAUGCGGAGCUGGUGGAACCGUUGGAAAGGAGGAAGGACGCCGUGCGCGCCUACCUGACCUUCCUCAACCCGAAGCUCGUCGUGGACAUCGUGACGAUUGAAGACCCUUUCGGCCCGGCCAUUGUGAUCCCGGAACCGGCGGCCAUGGUCGUAUCUAGCGAAACGCUAGCGGGUGCUGCUAAGAUCAACAGCAUUCGCGUCGAGCGUGGGCUACCGAAGCUCCACAUAUUUGCGUGCCGCCGCACGGAGAGCAGCACCCUCAGCUCGAGCUGCAUCCGUGACAAGAUCGCCGCUUCUCGAAACCGGUAG